AUGGACAACAGAGCCAUCAGUCUCGGCGAUUUUAAUGUGUUGACAGAUGAUCUGUUGUCCGAGUUUAUUCUUCAAAAACUUCCUGCAGAAGAUCUGGGAAGAUGUGCUCUAGUAUCUCGACAUUUGUACGUCUUCUCACGUGACGACCAGCUCUGGAAGAGACAUUGCCUCGAUAAAUGGGUUUCCAACAAGGAAGUUAUGACUUCAUUUACAUUCCGUGGUACUUGGUUACUCACGUAUAUAUUCCCAUCGAGACUAUCAGACGAGGAGGAAAGACGUGUUUCAUCACAUCCUCUUUGUUGGCCUCUUCGGUUGAAAGGCAUUCAAUCUCGUUAUCUCUAUGCCAAAUGGUGUAGAUGUAACAUGUUUCUCGGUAAUUUUGUGCCUCCACCAGAAGCACUCGGACGUAUAGCCAUCGAGAAUGGAGAAAUCCUGUCAAAAACAAAAUUUAAUAACUUGUAUGACGCACCUUCUAUGCCUUGUUUGAUCACAAAUACUGGGGUUGAAAAAUGGCGAGCCUGGGAUGAAUGGAAACUGAACGAUAUCGUUCAUAAAUAUGGCAACAAGAUUUUCAGAGUGGCAAACGAGCGUGGCGGCAAAGUAAAAUACGUACCGAUGACAUUAGCAUCCUAUUUGAAUUACAUUCGAAGACAACACGACGAAACGCCGUUGUACGUGUUUGAUCCGAGUUUUGUUGAUAAUAUACCCGAAAUGGGUAGUGCAUAUCAGGUUUCAGAAUAUUUUCAGGAUGAUUUAUUUUCGGUAUUGCAGUCUAAACGCCCGCCAUAUCGAUGGAUAAUAAUAGGUCCCGAAAGAUCUGGAGCAUCGUGGCAUGUCGAUCCAUUAGGAACUUCAGCUUGGAACACGUUGAUUUCAGGAAGAAAACGAUGGGCACUUUAUCCCCCUCAAUUAGUCCCGCCCGGAAUGAGCAUCUCACGUUCAUCGGCGAAUGGUCAUCAAUCACUUCUAGAUGAUCCCGCUCAGGCGAAUGAUUCAGCGACUUCUUUAUUUUGGUAUUUAGAAAUUUAUCCGCAAUUGACACCAGAGUUGAGACCAAUAGAAGUCUUGCAGGAGCCUGGACUAUAUUUGUGCCUAGUGGAUGGUGGCAUAUGGCACGUGCUUAAUCUUGAGGAUACUGUUGCUGUUACUCAAAAUUUUGUGAACGUGAAUAACCUCGACAAUGUCUGUGAAGAUCUCUUGAGUGAAUCGGACAAUCAAAAUAUAUGGGACGACUUUUCAAAAAAUUUGACAAGGAUAUACCCGGAUUUGGAAGCGUAUAUCAAGAGAAGAAUAUCAAUGUACAAAGACCAAACAAAAGACUCAAUCAUAAAGAAUGAAGGAUUUGACACGAAGAUGGCUUUUAUUGAAUCUUUCAGUAAUACAGAUGUGUGGGGUAUUAGAGUGAAAGAGGCCUGUAAAAAGUCUGGAAUUACAGUUCCUGAAGACAUUACGCCUAUAGGUCAAGGACAAAAUCCCGCUUUCAGGUUCUCUCGUUCAAUUGUAAAGUUUUAUUCUCACAUAUAUGAUGGAAUUGAAAGCUAUAAGAGAGAGUCAAAGGCGUAUUCGUUGAUAAAAGCGAAUAUUCAUCCGGAUCUUUCUAGCUAUUUUGCGAAUGUAUUGGGACAUGGUUAUUUGUAUGAAGAAAGUUCAGAGCAACUGUAUUCCUGGCCAUUUAUGAUUUUUGAAGCGGUGGAAGAUAGCGUGAGCUUGGCUGAUAUUAUCAAAGGUGGUGGCCUAAGUCCCCAGAGUGAAGUAGACAUUGAUGGGAAAUAUGGGGUGAUCAAAUGGGGACUGUUCACGGACCGCAUAGCCAAAAUCCUGAAAGGCCUUCACAAUAUCGCACCACCCACACGUCCAGGCUCCGACAUUAAUGUACCGCUAUUUCAUGAUUUUAUUAAUAAUCGCAUAAAAAAAGCGCAUACCUCGCACAAAAUGUGGCUCACUUUUCCGCCUGAGCUGAUUGCACAAAUGCCAUUAUAUUUACCGAAAUCGGGUCCAGAGAUCUUUGACCCUGCAGUUGAUGGGUUUUGCGCAGGUACUCUUCACGGUGACCUCAAUGCAGAAAAUAUCCUCGGUGUUGUAAAAUGUGAAGACUCUCGAUAUGACUGGAUACCUACCACUGUUAUCGAUCUCGGAGAUGCACACAUAAAUGGAGGGGACCCUUUGUUUGAUGUUGUGUCUGUUUACAUAAGCGCAUUAGGUUGCUCAAAGGCCUUGUUACAAAGAUUUCUAAAUGCAUAUGGUGACGGAAUUUCAAUUAGAAUGUUCGGGAGGAGAGCCAUGUGGUAUGUUCUCUUGUGGGAAUUCGAGGGUCUAUCAAAGUAUUUAGUGGCAUGCAUGCCGCAGAUUCGAGAUUGUAAAAACUGGGAAGAAGUUGAAGAAUUGGUCUGGGGAUUGUAG